UUCUCCAAAAAGUUAAAAAGAAAGAGACCUCUUUCUUUCUUCCGUCUAUAAAUACCUCAACGCAAAUUCCUCCAUCUUACCCUCUCCUCCCAUUCCUUCCCAAUACCCCAUCUCACGCCUCUGUUUGAUUCGCCAUUGCCAACAAGUUUCAGAGACAUAUCAAAUCUAACCUUUUUGGUCCAUAAUAAAGAAGAGUUGGUGGUUGUACAGUAGAUGUAUCAUUGCACACAAUUGUCUGUCUCCUGCAUCUUUCUCCGCAAAAAAAUAAUGAUAAAAAGAAAGAAAAAAACACAAGUCUACACUGUUAGUGAGAUUUAAGCAUCGAAGGAAAACGUAUUUAGCAACCGAUAAAUGGACAUGGAGUUCUUUGAGGAGGCCGUAUCUCAAAAUGACUCCUUUGGAGAGGAAAAGCCUUCCUUAGAAAAGUGGAAAUCUGUCUCGGAUGCAAUCCCUGACUCUGAGAAUAAUUCCUCCGGUGGCUUUGAUUGUAACAUCUGUCUAGAGACUGUGCAAGAUCCAGUUGUCACACUAUGUGGUCACCUGUAUUGCUGGCCCUGCAUUUACAAAUGGCUUCAUUUCCAGAGAGUAUCUGAUGAAGACCAAGACCAGCACUGUCCUGUAUGCAAAGCUGAAAUUUCUCAAACAUCCCUAGUCCCACUCUAUGGCAAGGGCCAAACCACAAAGCGUUCUAAAGGCAAUAAGGCGCAUCUUGGUAUAGUUAUACCUCGAAGACCUCUUGGUCCUGGUUGUGGAGUUGACUUACCAAGAUCAACUAACACAACUAGCCCAUACCAAGCAGAGCAAUAUUAUGAUGACAGUUAUUCAUAUCAAGCACAGCAAUACCACCCCAACCCAGGCCAUUACCCUUCAUCGGUGUUUAACCGAGCUGGUACAGUGAUGAAUACAUUCGAUUCUCGUGUUGGUGUGUUUGGAGAAAUGGUGUAUGCAAGGGUGUUCGGAAACACCUUAACAAAUUUAUAUACAUAUCCAAAUUCAUACCAUCUUGCAGGGAGCAAUAGUCCAAGAGUCAGAAGGCAUGUAAUGCAGGCUGAUAAGUCGCUCAGCAGAAUCUGUUUUUUCCUCUUCUGUUGCCUAACUUUGUGUCUUCUCACAUUCUGAAUCUCUUUCUUCCUCAUUGUAUACAUGUAAAAAAAAAAUAUUACGAGUAUGCAAAAUGCUCGAUAUGCUUACUCGGCCGGAUGUACUAGAUCAUGUUAGGGAUAUUGCACUUCUAGAGCUGCAAUUAUAUGUAAUUGAGUCUUAUUUUUAGCUUCAUGAUAUAUAUAUAUAUAGCUCUUUGGUGCGUGUCAAAA